AUGUCUAGUCCAGAAAGUGUUGAUAAAUACGAAAAAGGAAAGGACGGACAGUUCCCUGGUCGUUCACUGACUACUUCCCAUAUUCCCCAAUCCACAACAGAUUUCACCAAAGUAAACCGACGGAAACGAUGUGGAGAAUGUGAACCUUGUAAAGUCAAAGAAAACUGCAAUAAAUGCAAGAAUUGUCUUAACCGCAAAAUACUCAAACAAACCUGUAUUCUCCGUCGUUGCCACUUCCUCCAUCACAAAUCCGGAUCUGACUCAUCUCAGGGAGGAAAACGAAAACGGGGACCAAACAAAAAAUCUCCUGAAGUUGUCGUAGAAGUUCCACAACCCGAACCUCCCCCAGAAGAACCUGUCAAAACUCCUCCUCCAGUAGAACCGAUGACUUCCUCAGAAGAAAUCGAAAAAGCAGUCAAAUCAUUGUUAGAAGCCUCAAAAAAUCGGAAUUCAGAAGAAGAGCAAUUUAUUCUUAUUCCCGAUGACAUAAUCCUCCCCCCUCCUCCUCUGUCUUCAAUCUCUACCAAUUCUAGUGCCACAAGGAAUACAAAAUCUCCAGUUGUGGAAACAGAAGUGGUGAAAUCUAUCAGUUUGCCGAAUAGUCAGAUGGGGCUUAGUUUUAAAAUUGUGCCUUCUACUCAAAUGAUUAACAUUAAUCAGUCACAUUAUGCUUUCCAGCCUAUGCCUGCUCCAGUAAUGGUGAUGGGACGUCCAGAGAUACCAAGACAUAACAUUGUACUGGCACGAAUGCCUCAAAGAAUUGGAGAAAUGAAUUAUAGACCGAAUUCGGAGAUAUAUUCCAGUCAGACGAGUGUAUCGACUAGUUCUCCGCCCUGUUCAUUUGGCAACGACUACACUGCUCCUAAAGUUCAUAGAAGAAAACGUUGUGGGCAGUGUCGUCCUUGUUUGAUUAAAGAAAAUUGUAUGAAAUGCAAGAAUUGUAUUAAUCGUAAAGUACUGAAACAGACUUGUAUACAUCGAAAAUGUUUGUAUUUGAGAGAAAAGAUGAGAAAGGAUUCUGGUUUUUGUUCUUCUCCGAUUAUUGACCAAACAUUGCCUCAACCAACACCCACUCAACCACCACUUCUGGAACAGUUAUACGACAUGUCUAGUUCUUCGUCCAGCUUUGUUACCAGUGAGGAUCAGUUCAGACCACAGGGGAUAAUCCACCAAAAUAGUAAAGGGGCGGAUUUGUCAUUUUCGGGGCAUAUUUUGUCUCAGUCGCCUAUUAUUCCGCCUGGGCAUCACAUUCAGUUGUGGCCUCAUCCUUGUGGUCCGGGUGUUCCGCAGGGAUUUCCUAUGAUUGCUGCACACCAAGGGGGUUAUUUUCAGCUGCGUCCUCAAACUCAAUUGGGAGGAUAUGCUCGUUUGAUGGGGUCACACGAGCAGAGAUAUUAUGUUCAGCCGGCUAUGAAUUCAGUAAAUUCGUUUCAUGAAUUUUCGUCUAUCACUCGACCCCCAAUUCGUGUCCCACAACGAGCUGAGGCGGAUAUUAAAUCUGCAAUUAAGGAAUCGGCAUCUCCUUAG